CGGGCGAUUGUGUCGGGAAGCAAAUCCGACGUAGACGCCGGCGGGCGGAGCUCAAGGCCAGUGAUGCAGGGUGCGCAGCGAUCCCACCUGGAGAGUCGGGGCGGCACGUUGAGACCCCAGGGGUGAGGGGCGGGGGAUCCAAAUCCCCGCCCUGUUUUCCCCUCCCCUUUCCCCGCCUCCUUCUCGCCCCUCCCCCCUCCUCCCCUCUGGUUGGAAAGUUUCUAGAAUCUCUUCCCAGCGGCCUUUGCGGUUCCAACAUGGCGGAGCUGACGGUGGAGGUUCGCGGCUCCAACGGGGCUUUCUACAAGGGAUUUAUCAAAGAUGUUCAUGAAGACUCCCUUACAGUUGUUUUUGAAAAUAAUUGGCAACCAGAACGCCAGGUUCCAUUUAAUGAAGUCAGAUUACCACCACCACCUGAUAUAAAAAAAGAAAUUAGUGAAGGAGAUGAAGUAGAGGUAUAUUCAAGAGCAAAUGACCAAGAGCCAUGUGGAUGGUGGUUGGCUAAAGUUCGAAUGAUGAAAGGAGAAUUUUAUGUCAUUGAAUAUGCUGCUUGUGACGCUACUUACAAUGAAAUAGUCACAUUCGAACGACUUCGGCCUGUCAAUCAAAAUAAAACUGUCAAAAAAAAUACCUUCUUUAAAUGCACAGUGGAUGUUCCUGAGGAUUUGAGAGAGGCGUGUGCUAAUGAAAAUGCACAUAAAGAUUUUAAGAAAGCAGUAGGAGCAUGCAGAAUUUUUUACCAUCCAGAAACAACACAGCUGAUGAUACUGUCUGCCAGUGAAGCAACUGUGAAGAGAGUAAACAUCUUAAGUGACAUGCAUUUGCGAAGUAUUCGUACGAAGUUGAUGCUUAUGUCCAGAAACGAAGAAGCCACUAAGCAUUUAGAAUGCACAAAACAGCUUGCAGCAGCUUUUCAUGAGGAAUUUGUUGUGAGAGAAGAUUUAAUGGGCCUGGCAAUAGGAACACAUGGUAGUAACAUUCAGCAAGCUAGGAAGGUUCCUGGAGUUACCGCCAUUGAGCUAGAUGAAGAUACUGGAACAUUUAGAAUCUACGGAGAGAGUGCUGAUGCUGUAAAAAAGGCUAGAGGUUUCUUGGAAUUUGUGGAGGAUUUUAUUCAGGUUCCUAGGAAUCUCGUUGGAAAAGUAAUUGGAAAAAAUGGCAAAGUUAUUCAAGAAAUAGUGGACAAAUCUGGUGUGGUUCGAGUAAGAAUUGAAGGGGACAAUGAAAAUAAAUUACCCAGAGAAGACGGUAUGGUUCCAUUUGUAUUUGUUGGCACUAAAGAAAGCAUUGGAAAUGUGCAAGUUCUUUUAGAGUAUCAUAUUGCUUAUCUAAAGGAAGUAGAACAGCUAAGAAUGGAACGCCUACAGAUUGAUGAACAGCUACGACAGAUUGGUAUGGGUUUCAGACCUUCUUCCACCAGAGGGCCUGAAAAAGAGAAAGGAUAUGCCACUGAUGAAAGUACCGUCUCUUCUGUACAAGGUUCUAGGUCUUAUAGUGGAAGAGGCAGAGGUCGUCGGGGCCCUAAUUACACCUCCGGUUAUGGUACAAAUUCUGAGCUGUCUAACCCCUCUGAAACGGAAUCUGAGCGUAAAGACGAGCUGAGUGAUUGGUCAUUGGCAGGAGAAGAUGAUCGAGACAGCCGACAUCAGCGUGACAGCAGGAGACGCCCAGGAGGGAGAGGCAGAAGUGUUUCAGGGGGUCGAGGUCGUGGUGGACCACGAGGUGGCAAAUCCUCCAUCAGUUCUGUGCUCAAAGAUCCAGACAGCAAUCCAUACAGCUUACUUGAUAAUACAGAAUCAGAUCAGACUGCAGACACUGAUGCCAGCGAAUCUCAUCACAGUACUAACCGUCGUAGGCGGUCUCGUAGACGAAGGACUGAUGAAGAUGCUGUUCUUAUGGAUGGAAUGACUGAAUCUGAUACAGCUUCAGUUAAUGAAAAUGGGCUAGAUGAUAGUGAAAAAAAACCCCAGCGACGCAAUCGUAGCCGCAGGCGUCGCUUCAGGGGUCAGGCAGAAGAUAGACAGCCAGUCACAGUUGCAGAUUAUAUUUCUAGAGCUGAGUCUCAGAGCAGACAAAGAAACCUCCCAAGGGAAACUUUGGCUAAAAACAAGAAAGAAAUGGCAAAAGAUGUGAUUGAAGAGCAUGGUCCUUCAGAAAAGGCAAUAAACGGCCCAACUAGUGCUUCUGGCGAUGACAUUUCUAAGCUACAGCGUACUCCAGGAGAAGAAAAGAUUAAUACCUUAAAAGAAGAAAACACUCAAGAAGCAGCAGUCCUGAAUGGUGUUUCAUAAACUGAAGAAGUUCCUAGUUUACAGUUCUUUUACAUUACAUUUACAAUAGUGCUUGUACAAGCUUGCCAAAGAUAGAAUAUGGAUCGCCAGUCUUUACAUCGCACUUUCAGUUCCUCCAUUUGGAAUUCAAAAAGGGGAGGGAUCCUGAAGAAAUCAUAUGUUAAACAUACUUUGACACCUACUGUGUUAUAAAAUAUAUCAUCAGAUGUGCCUUGAGAAUAGUAUAUGUAACAUUAAAAAAAAGUUGCUGGCUAUAGGAAAUGUUAUUUUGUUUUCAAAAUAUGGCAGAGAUGGGGGGUGGUGGGUGGGGUGGGAUCCCUAUCGUAAUAUUCUUUAUGAAAGCAUUAGCUGCUUUUGUUACAUUUUUAAUAUGCAACCACUUCUUCACCUGAGGAAAACUAGAAUGAAAUGCAGUCUAAAAUAUUUUGCACUGAAUUGUAAUUUCUUCAUUAGUUUAGUCUGGAAACUGGUCUGUUUUAAUAUGUUUUUUAAAUGCUGUAUGUAGAGGAAAAUCUGCAGACCACUGGAAUACAUUUGUUAAACUCAUCUGCAGGGACACUGGGCGAUACUUGGCAGUGACUGUUCUACCUUGAGGCUUUGUUUGGUUUAUUUAUUAAAGUGUACAGUAUUUAAAAAUCAAACAUAGCUUUAGUUAAAACACUAAGCUGAAUUAGUCAUGUCCAUUCAGACAUAACCUGAACUACUGAAAAGAUCAAUUUCCAGAAGGUUUAUUCUGUAUAAACUACAUGUUAGUCUUCAGUAGAGUAUCUUUUUUUUUUUUCUUUUUUUUUUUUUUAUUUCGGUUGUUUGAUGUGCAAUAUGUUUUUGUAUGCAGGUAGUAAAUAAACUUUGAUCUUCCAUUUGCUGAAUUUUUUUAACUUUCUACUUUUUACACCAAUUGUUGCAAAGUAGUUGGAGCUAUUUAUAGGCUUAGGAUAGUAUACUUUGCUUUUUAAAAAGCAGUUAUACUUGCUCGUAAAUAGCAUUAAAAUGUCAGCUGGCAUUUAAUCAUUUUGUAAUGAAUCCUCUGAAAUCUUAACACAAGUUUAGGCUGUUAGAUGCAUAGGUAAUUAAUAAUACAUGUGAUAAUUAGGAAAAAAAAACCUAACAAAAUUCUAAUCAAAGGCAACUUUGGAAGACAAUGGGGGAUAGAAGGUAUGACAAGCAACUUUUAAAUAAUAGGCCAAUGUUUUGCUUCUUGAUUCUCAACUUAUUUUGAAGGCUCUCAUACCAGUGACUAAAAAUCAGUUAUUAAACUUUAUAUGUUUUAGCCAGAGCUUAAUUUUUAUGAAGAUAAAGAUGAAGUUUAACAGUGGUACAACAAUUAGUACAGCUAAUUUUGAGGUCAAGUCAAUUGUUAGAAGGCUUUGUUCCACAAUAUUAUAUAGACCACUGAAUGAAGAAUGACAGCCCUUUGCAUCAUUUGGCAUACGAAAAGUGUUUUUUGUGUGCAUAGUUUAAUUUUUUAUGUGCAUAAAAAUGUGAUUUUAUAUGAUCUGAAGGAUAAUUCAGGAUACAGUUUAAAAUGUAAAAUUUGCCAGUCAGUAUAUAUAACCCUAGCCCUCAAAUUAAUUAUAAUUAAGGUUAAAGUACGCUGGUAUUAAGUGCUUUUUCCUGAAGCCUUCUAAUUGGUUCUUGGUAACAGAAUUUUAAGGUGUGAGUAGUGCAACUCUUGUCCUUUAUAUAUAAAAGGUAUCAAGUAAUUUCAUGUUGUGAUUUAAAAAAAAUUACCCACAAAUGUCUUUUUUUAAAUCGAUCAAAGUUAGAAACAGUUUAGUCUCAGUUCUCUUACAUAAUUGGGUUAAAAAUUAUAAGGUAUUAGAGGAACUUUAAUGCCAAAUUGGUAAAUAAAAUGAUUUUUCAUUCUCUCCCAUGUAGAAUAGUCAGAUACACUAAAAUCCAUUUUCCAUAAAGAUUGUUUCAAUGGGAAUGGAAGAAACAAAAUCUUAAGAGUAUAGCUGAACCAGUUCUUCAUACUAGCAAUAACCACACUAAGUUCAUUAUUUUACAAAUGACUAAACCCAGUGUCUUGUCCUUUAAAAAAUAUAGGUACUGCAGAAUUGUGAUAAAUAUGCAUUUGUUUUUUUAAAGAGAGCCCACUCCCCAAAUGGUAGCCAUUAAUUCAGGUAGUCUUCUAAAUGUAUUUGAGAGGGGUCCGUCUUUUUGGCUGCUAUCCUAGUUAGAUGAGAUGUUGCUAUGGGAAGAACUUGCCAGUAUACACUAAACAGACACUGAAGCAAAAGAUACAUUCUGGAGCCAGGCGCGGUAGCUCAUGCCUUUGGUUCUAGCUACUCAGGAGCCUGAGGUGGGAGCAUCAUUUGAGCUCAGUUCUGCGCCAUUGAGACCCUCUUUAAAGAGAAGGAAAAAAGGUAUUCUGGAAGGUCUUGUGCAGUUCCAACAAUGUUUCAGCAUAUAUAUAUAUGUGAAUUCAUACGAUACCUGAACGGAAUCACGAAGUAACAGCUGAGAUUAUAUGGUAGCAAAAAUGACCUGCUUUUCCUGAAGCUUUGGGAGGCCUACGAUUCCUAGUUUAGGCAUCACGAUCUUUGUUAAGCCUUAAAGGGGGCUAAAACUUCUGCAAAAUGGUGUCUCUGGUAACACGUUAGACAUAAUUGGCAAAAGUAUAAUAGGAAUGCACAAAUCUUUGUUUUGAAAUAAUCAUGUAUUUUAAUGUGGAAUUAGAAGCAGCACAUCAAACUGGUGAGUUCAUAGAAACUUACCUCAGAUGCUGCUGGGUUCCAUUGCCGUUGUGUUAAGUCACAUUUUUGUAGCUGCUGUUAGCUGUGUCUAGUGUUUUGUAACCUAAGGAGGGUCUUAUAAAAGUUGGUAUGUUAACUAAAUCUUGGAUUGGGAAAUAGCACCAUUUGUAUCCUCUGCAAACAGAUUUAUGCUUUUGAGGUUCAAACCAACUAGUGUUCUCAUAGGCUGUUGCCUAAGGACAGAUAAAAAUGGAAAACAGGCUAUGUCCAGGGACAGAUGAUUGGUGAUUAAGAAUGGCAGUAAAGGAAAAUUACACCCGGAUUUUCUUCUAUAAGGUUUCAAGGAACUUGGAUUUGAACUGAAUCUGCUGUUUUGGAAAAAAAUCCCAACAGAAAGGAUGUCUGUUAUUGUCUCAGUCUUCCUGUCUUUGCUACACGAUUUGGAUCCCUUAUGCUUUUUCAUAAGAAUAUGUGUUCGCUAUAGUGAAUUUGCUAGCCCCGCCCUUUUUUAAAAAAAUUUCAGUUAUUAGAACGUGUACUUGAAUGGACUACAGUUGCUUAUAACCCAUGUUGAUCUUUGAUAGUAUUUGGGGUUUUAUUUCAGGAGCUUUUGCAAUAAAGCAGGAACUGCAAUCUGCUUAAAGUCA